AUGGCCAGUGAACCUCUGUGCGGUGGCGUAUCGGAAGAUCUGGACAUCCACACCAAAGAGCAUGCAGAACGCAUCCAAACAGCACUUGCCACAGCAUCGGACCGUGCAGGCAAAGCGUACAAAUUGCAUCGUGUGGAAAAGCAGGUAGUUGCAGGAAUGUUGUAUACCUACUACAUUUCGUUCAACGACGAUGAAUCUGGCCAGAAGCAUAAGAUCACCGUAUGGGAACGACCGUGGCUGAAGGAAAAAGAUCCGGAAGCGGCACUACGUGUUACGUUCGAAGUGCACAAGGAAUGA